AUGAAGGACCAGCGAGUGAUCGCUGACAAUGCGUCGGCGACCGCGGCCAACAACGGCCGGCAGGUGGAACUGAGCGCCAAGAACAAGGCCGAGACGAGCUUCACUAAAAUCUCCCUCCUCGACAUCUGCCUCGAAGACAACCCCUACCUCCGAAGUGGGUACCGAGAGAUGGGCAAGAAGGACGCUUGCGCGUGCGUGUGCUCGGCCUUCGCGCUCCACAACGAAACUGUAAAUAUCUGGACGCACGGUCUGGCAUUUUUGAUGUUCGCUGGUCUCGUGCUCGAGAACCUCCUCUCCACCGCCAACAUGCCCUUCUACGACCGUGUGGUGUUUCUGGUGUACCUGGGCUGUGUGUCGACCUGUUUCUUCAUCAGCACGUUCUACCACGUGUUCCGCAACCACUCGGUCCGGGCCUACGCCAACUGGCUCAUCGCAGAUAUCAAUGGCGUCGGCCUGUAUAUUUUUGGUUCGGUGCUGCUGGUGGCCUAUUUUCGAUUCUGGUGCCACGACGUGCACCGAUGGACCUACAUGACUCUUGAUGUAAUGCUCUAUUUGUCAUUUUCGUAUCGAUGCCGGCCAUCGUCAAGUACAAGCUCUUCAACCUGCGUACCUGGCUGUUCGGUCUUCUCUCCAUCCUCGGCCUGUGGGCCCACAUCCACGCCGACAUCCGCGACGGGCAGAAACCUCAAGCUGGUGUGGGUGGCCGUCUGCGUGAUCGGCUCCAUGGUCAUCCGCAACAAGAAGGUCCCGGAGAGGUGGUACCCCGGCCGAUUCGACAUCUUUUUUGCGUCGCAUCAAAUCUUCCACGUCCUGGUGUGGCUCGGCAUGUGCAUCCUCUACUCCGUCUUCUACUCCGAGUUCGGCCCGACCAGUCUCACCGCCGACAACGGCCGCACCUGUCCCACUUCUCUGUCGCUUUGA